GAUCGCUUAACGAGGUGGUAGACAGAGCGAGAGGUUGGUGAGCGGAUCUGGAGCGGACGAAGACACAAUUGAGAAUCGGCCGGCGAGGUGGACAAACAGGGACCCGCUCCUUCCUGAUCGAGCGCCGGUGCCCCUUGUUACUGCCGUGAGGUCCGGUUGGCUCUGGCCAGACCUCCUGGCGCGCCUGCCAGAUAGAUGGAAGGUUUCGAGAUGUUAUAUAUACCUGCGCUCCUCCUGAGGCGAGGUCAACAAGACUUCCUCCUCAGGCUCCUGUAUUUUCAAAAGUCUCGGUGGUCGUUUGUCCCCCUUCCGCUCGAGCUCCCUCUUUUCUCUCUCUUUCGCUGGGUUUCACUCCAGCUAACCACUUUCCCUAAUCCCACCUAUCGUCUCUCGCUUUAACCACGCCUUGAAAUGGUUUUCUUUUUGCGCAUCCCCUUGCUUGCUGCAGCCAUCGCGGCUUUGCCUGCUGCUAAUGCAGUCCACUGGAUCUUCGGUGGAACGCAAGAGCUUGUCGUUACUCGACUUGAUCCCGUUGUCAAUCCUGGCACUCAUUGACAAGCCGCCAAGGAGCCGGAUAGAUGUGAUACGAACUUUGCAAACACGUUCCGCGUCGAACGGUGGGAAGAUUUCGUGCAACUGUUUGGUUGGUUCUCACGUCCACAGUAUCACCGGUGGAAGUGGAUUCGGCGAAACCUAUGACUAUGACUCACUCGUUCAGAGUCAAUGCACUAAAAUUGUCGUACCUCAAGAUAAGAGUAACUAUUGGACUCCCAAGCUCUAUCAUUUCAACAAGCAGAAUGCGUCUCUCACGGCGAUGCCAAACUCUUUCAACAUUUAUUACCUCGUUCGCGGUGACCAGACCGGCGACAAGAUCAAGGCUUUCCCUAAGGGUCUCAAGAUGGUCGCUGGUGAUCCUACCAGAAAGACCUACGAUGCCUCCAGCCAUGCCGACCAGGCCAUCAGCUACGUUUGUCUCGAUUACAGCGGUGCUCACAAUGGUGACCCUGAAUGGAACGAACGUCCCAACUUCUUCCAACACAACUGCCCCAACGGUAUGCGUGCCCAGGUCUUCUUCCCCUCCUGCUGGGAUGGCAAGAACCUCGACAGCCCAGACCACAAGUCUCACAUGUCCUACCCCGUCGAGAACUACAACAACGGCCGCUGCCCAUCUACCCACCCCGUUCAUUUGGUCUCUCUCUUCUACGAGAUGAUCAUCUCUGUUGAUCAGUUCUCCUAUGAUGGUCCGGGUUCUUGGGUCUGGGCUUCGGGCGAUACCACCGGUUACGCCUUCCACGGCGAUUUCACCAACGGAUGGACUGAUUCCGAUCUCUUGCAAUCCGCUAUCGAUGACUGCCCCAAUGCCGCUGGCAACGUUGCUGACUGUCCUCAUCUUGCUGCCGUAAUGGACCAACAAGCUGCUGCGGCUUGCCGUUACCCUGGUGAGAUUGUCAACGAAGAUAUCGGUGACAAGUUCCCUAUUGCCGUUUUACCUGGAUGCAAUCCUGUAUGGGAUGGUACCGGUACUAAGCCUGCUUGCCCGUCUGCUGGCGCUACUCCUUCAUUGGGUGGUACUCAAGAGAAACUUGCUACCGGAUGGACUGAGGUUGGAUGUAUUGCUGAGGCUACGAAUGGACGUGCGCUUACGGGUGCUCAAUUGGUCGAUGCGACUGGUAUGACUAAGAAUAAGUGUGCUCAAUUCUGUCAGAGCAAGAAUUUCAAGUUUGCUGGUAUUGAAUGGUCUCAAGAAUGCUACUGUGGCAACAGUUUCAGCAAUGGUGCAUCUAGCAACACCGUUGCUUCUACUCAAUGCAGCAAUUCUUGCGCUGGUAACAAAUUCGAGACCUGCGGCGGUCCUCAACGUCUCACUCUUCUCACCUUUGACGCCAACGGAGCCCCAGCUCCUUCUGUGAGCGUUGCUCCUUCCAGCUCCGUCGCCGUUCCAGUAUUGAGCUCCGCCGUCGUCAGCAGCAUCGCCAGCACGUCUGUCGUCUCAAGCAGCAAAUCUCUCCCUACGAUCAGCUCCAGCUCAGUCGUCGUCGUUUCCAGUGUGGCAUCUUCUGCCAGCUCCGUCGUCGUUUCAAACGUUCCUUCCGUUAGCGUUAUCGUUUCGUCGUCUGCUCUUGCUACAUCUUCCGCUGUCCCUACCGCAGAUCCUGCUACCUCUCAUGUUCUCGUACCGGUUCCUCCCAUUACGACUGCUUCGUCCGCCGUCGUCACUCCCUCCGCCGUCUCUUCCGCCGUCCCUUCUCCAGUUCAUUCGGACGUAUGUGGUGCUCCACCUCCUGCAGAAUCGCCUGUCGUCUCCUCGGCUGCGGCCGCUCCUCCUGUCGCCACCGGUAUUCCUGCCGGUUGGGCUUCUGCAGGUUGCGUCAGUGACAACGGUCACCGAACUCUGAACGCUCGUGCCAUGACGAGCGACAGCCUUACCGUCGCUCAGUGCCUUAACUACUGCACCAAGGAAGGUUUCAGCAUUGCUGGUAUAGAGUACGGACGGGAGUGCUACUGUGGUAACAGCUUCAAGAACGAUGGAGGCAAACCGCUCGAUAACUCCGUCUGCAGGAUGUCCUGCACGGGACAGAAGGACGCUCAGUGUGGUGGUGAUUGGGCUUUGUCCGUCUUUAAGAAGACGAGCAAUAGUUCGAGACGUGCCGUCAAGGCCAAGCACUUUGGUCGUCACCACCCUCACAAUACUUUCUGAAGGAUAUCGUUUUCGUCCUCAUGAGACCCAGCCCUCUCGACCCGCCUUUUCCCUCUCGUCGCUCUUUCAUUUUUACGUUCUCCUGUCCCCGUCUCGUCUCUUCCUAAAUGACUCCGGCAACGGUCCGCACGAGGCAUCUUUCUCUGUCUUUUUCCAUUCCUCCUCCUUCCGUUCCUUGCACAGUCUGGGGAGUCGACUAGGAUAAGAUGGAUGUUGAUGAUGUUGAAACGAUCAUGAUUCACCCACACGAUCUUAUUUUUUUUUACUGGAUAAAAAACUGGCAACACACCGUCAUCGACACAUCCAUCUCGACCGCUGCGUUCUCAAUGCCCUAGCACUUUCCUAGCUCUCCUCAUGCAUCGUGCUUUACCCCAAGUCGCUCGGUCGAUACCUUUUACUGUGUUCAUGUCGAAUAGCACCUGAUUCUCGAUGCUCGUGGUCUUCGAAGUCUCUUUCGGUUCUCAUAUGCUGUGUAGCUAGUUUCUACCCGGUUCUUUCACUCGUAUCAAAUGCAGUCGCAAUCUGAGAUCUGUUUUCCGGUUAUAUUUGGCUUCGCGUGCGAAUACUUGUUCGAAAUCACUUUUGACUU